GCUCUGAGGCCAAAGGCUCUCUCACCCCUGCUCCGGUGACAUGGCAGAUCUCAUUGCCAUCCCUGCAGGGGACCUGGAUGCCUUUAUCAGGGACCACCUCCUGCCAGACACGCCUUUCCGAAGGCAGGUGCGAGCAGCAGUGCACACCCUCAGCACUUUCCUGCAGAGGAAGCCUUUUCCAGGGGCCCUUUACCCCGUGAGGGUGUCUAAAGUCCUCAAGGGCAGCUCCUCAGGCCAAGAUAAGGCCCUGGUGGGCCGUGCUGAUGCCCAUCUCCUUGUCGUCUUCCUGGAUGAAAUCAAAACCUUUGAGGCACAGCUUCACUGCCGAGGAGAGUUCAUCAAGGAAAUUAGGAGACGGUUGGAAGCCUAUCAAAGGGAGAAAAUGUUUGGUGUGGAGUUUGAGAUCCAGGAAGAGAGAUCUGAGGAUCCUCACGCCCUCUGCUUCACACUCAGGCCCCCAGGGCAAGCCGGGUCCAGGGAGCAGCUGGAGUUCAAUGUCCUGCUUGCCUUUGACAUCCUGGGUCACUGGAAUGGACGCAAGCCCAAGCCCCAAAUCUACAUCAGGCUCAUCCAAGAGUGCCAGAACCUGAAGGCCGAGGGCACAUUCUCCUCCUGCUUCACGGAGCUGCGAGGAGCCUUCUUCACACAGCUCCCCGCCAAGCUGAAGAGCCUCCUCCACCUGGUGAAGCACUGGUUCCUGAAGUGUCAGGAGGAGCGAGGAGGGCCGCUGCCCCCUCAGUAUGCCCUGGAGCUCCUGACUGUCUAUGCGUGGGAGCGCGGACGGCAGAGAAAAGAUUUCGUCACAGCGGAGGGGUUUCGGACGGUCCUGGAACUAGUCCUGAGUUACAGGUGGCUUCUCAUCUACUGGAAAAGAUAUUACAAUCUCCAAAACUCUAUUAUUAAAGAGUAUUUGCAGAAACAGCUCAGAAAACGCAGGCCCGUGAUCCUAGACCCCGCUGACCCCACAGGAAACGUGGCUGGGGAGGACCUGUGUGCCUGGGCGCGGCUGGCAGAAGAAGCCCACACCUGGUUGAGCUACCCCUGCUGUAGGAAUUCAGAUGGAUCCCCUGUGAAGGCCUGGGGCGUGCAGACAAAACGGAGACAGAGCACAAAGAGGAGGACAGUGAGGAGACGUGUGUUCAAGGGGGAUGGAGCCCUGCUGGACAGCACCCUGGACUCUCCCAGUGUCCCCACUGUUAUUGGCAGGCAGGUUCUCCAGGGGGGCUGUCCUGCCGCAGGUGACAGACAGCCCACAAGUGGCCCCCAGACCCCAGGAAAAAGAGAGCAGGACACACACCGCCCUCUGAAUGGCCACACUUCUUUGCCAAAGAACUCCAGGCCCAUGGGGGCCAAUCCCCCCAUUUUUAGGGGAAGAAGAGCACCUCAUAGGUCCAAGAGGGCAAAAGCCAUAGCUCAUACCAGGAGACACACACUCCCCAGGCGCUGUCCCUCCCUUGGUGACAUACAAACCCCCAGGGAGGAGAGAAAAGCUCUGAAUGCCAGCACUUCUUCACAAAAUAGGCCCAGAAUUACAGGAGCAGCUCCCCUCAUUCUAGGCUGGGGAAGUGCAGUCUACCAUUCUAAGAAAGCAGAGGGCACCCACCCUCCCAGCUCCCCCCUCUUACACAGGCAGUGUUCCCACACUUCCCCUGUCUCACCCAAGCCUAGUCUCUACAAGAUCACAGGAGAGACUGGGGAGAGAGUGGGACCUGGCCUGGACUGUCCUCUCUGCACUUGCCAGAGGGUGGUGGGACCAAAGAAGAAGAAUACAGUGGGAAUACCAGCAAGUUGUACAUAUGGGGCACGUAUUAAUCCAAAGUCUGCAAAGAAGACAUCUGUCUGUGAGAUAAAAGGGCGUGUGUCUAUGCCGGUGUUACUGCAUGAGUGCUAAGUUCACCCUGAGCACCUGCUGUACGCCAUUCGCUGUUCUGACUCCCAGACAUAGUCGUGAGCAAAGCGGACAGAAAGACCCUGGCCUUGUGGAGCUUAGAUUUGUGUGUGACAUUUCAUGCUGGCUCACCCCAAUUUUCAAUGACAAAAGAUUCUGAGACAAGCAUCUAGGGCUUAUCUUUUGUCCACACCUUUGAUUACUUGAGACUCAUUUGGGAAGAUGACCAACUCAGCAUCAGAUCUGCCACUGAUGGAUGUACCUUUGCCCGAGGAACUGCCCUGAAACAGAGAAUGAGAAGGAUGACUUGUGGUGAUGGGGAUGAGCCUUCCUAUGUAAAGAAAUGGGAACAAUCACUAACAUGGCUGAGCCCUGGGCCCUGCUCUGACUCUGUGCCAGUGCUGCACUGAACACACUAGCAGGGACUCUGUGUGUGUUUUAGGAACUCUUGUUGCUAGUUCCCACUCAGAGACGGUAAAGGGGGCUCAAGAGUCAGCCUGUGCACACUGCUGGCAGAUGCAGACAUGGAAUUCAAACCCCGCCCAGCUGUCUUUAGACAGGCAGGCAGGCACAGGGGCUGCCGGACCAGCUCAGCUGGGAGGGCCGUGCUUUCUUUCAGCCUGGGCAGUGACGUGAGGGGAAUUAUCCCGAGGAAAGGAGGCACAGAGAAGCUCAGUGUUUACUCAGGGUUUCACAGCACUUGGAGCCACCUGCCAUCAGACUUAAAGCCCCUGCUGACAGAGGCCAGCAGCUGGGGAGGGGACGCUGCCCAACGGAGUCCCGAGGGUGCACACCAAUUAGCAUUUAUUAAAAACACCACAGAAGCCAGAGCACAAAGCAGAAUGUCUUUCUCUCUACAAGCUGUGGUUCCCUUGUGGGUGUGAUGGAUCAGAAUCCACAGCUCCAAUGACCUGACCUUCACCCCUUCUCUGUGGAGUCUCUGGUCCUUCCACCCUGCCCCAUCCAUCUGGACUCACCUUGAUAAUUUCAGACACCCACACAUGGUAAGGAGCACCCCUGAAACACCUCUCCUCAGGAAAGUGCAGAGGAGUAGAUGGCUGCUCUGACCCACCUCCAGAAAGGUGUGCUCACCACAGGUGGUCCUCUGUGACUGUGUCCAGAUCCCUGGCUGCGACAUGGCUGAGCUCUGCCAUGUCAGGAGCAGGGACGAGAGCCUGUGGCCUCAGAGCUGACUCCCCUGGUAGCAGUCAGUCUCUUCUCUCUCCACCGCCCAGUCUGGACUAUUGUUUUCAUUCCUUGAGAAAGGGGAUCUUCUUGGUCUUUGAUAGGAAACAGUCCUUGGGUCCUGGCACUGUCUUCCCAGCAGCCUCUCCCACUGUGGAAGUUCCCUCUGUCCUUUCCCCAGCAGCCUCAAACACAGCCCUUCCAGGCCACUGGCUGCACUUCCUGCUUUUUAGCCUCCACGAUCCCUCCAACUGGAAAAAGCACAAUUACUAUUUUGUUUGUUUGUUUUUGCUUCCUUCUUGGUUGCUUUUGUUGACAAAACUUGUCUAUAGUUUUCUGUGAGCUUUAGAUUAAUGCCCACAUAGUGGGAAAAGAAAGAAGAAAGGAAGGAAGAAGGGAGGGAGGGAGGGGGGUGGGCCAGGGGAGGGGAGGGGUGUGGUGUGGAGGUGAGGUGAAACUGGGAGAUAGUGGAGCAGGAAGACCAUCCAGGGUUCUAAAGCUCAGGCUGCCUGAAGGCAGUAGGUUCAGAUGUUUUUCUAGAAACACACACACACACACACACACACACACACACACCCUUUUCCUUUCAAAUGACCUCAUACCAUACACUUUGCCUUUUUUUUAUUGAUAGACUCUACCUCUUUCUACACUGCUUAAUUUUUCAUCAAUAUACUUAUUUAAAAAAUGUAGCGUGAGAGAGAACAGAGCACGGCUCUUCUGGGACUCAGAUGGCUAUCACAGACUGGCUUCUUAGAAUUUCUUGCUUAUGGCGAUUUCACUUGACAGAAAGUAGAGCUCCUAACAUGGGAGUGGUGUGCGAGCUGCGGCUGACAGCUAAACAGGGCAAGUAAGACUCAGUAGUCAAAAUGCACAGUGUAUGCCAGGCUUCAGUUUGUGUUCUACAUUCUGUGCUCUGGACAAAUUCCUAACACCAUGCAGCCAGCACAGUGAGCCCACACUCCCUUGCCCACCAAGUCACUCUUCUCUGCUUGGACUUCAUCCAUUCUUUUUUUUUUUUUUUUUUGCCUCCAGGGUUAUCUCUGGGGCUCAGUACCUGGCAUUAUGAAUUAACUGCUCCUGGAGGCCAUAUUUUCCCUUUUGUUUCCCUUGUUGUUUGUCAUUGCUGUCAUUGUUGGAUAGGACAGAAAGAAAUGGAGAGAGGAGGGGAAGACAGAGAGGGGGAGAGAUAAACACCUUGCAGACCUGCUUCACUAUCUGUGAAUCAGUUCACCCCAUUCUUAAGGUUAAGCGCUCAGUGUUUAAGAUUCCCACUAAGGGUCACAUACAACACCCUGGAAUCUGAAUGAGUUCUUUCCUCACUUUUAUUCAGUGAAGAUAAAGAAAAGUAAAAUUUCUCUCAAGGUACAGGUCCUAGAAAAGAAUGACAGAGGAUUUAGUGGGGGUUGUAUUGUUAUGUGGAAAACUUAGACAUGUUAUGUAUGUACAAACUAUUGUAUUUACUGUCAAAUAUAAAACAUUAAUCCCACAAUAAAUAAAUUUUUAAAAAGUUCAA